GUAUUAUUCUUAAUCUAUAAUGUCAGUUCCUGAGUCUGUGGCUUUGAAACAGCGUCGUGAUGAAAAACUGAAGGCUGCCGCCGAGAAGUUUGCUGCCAACCUCGAGAAGGCCGAGCAGGUCAAGAGAGAGGCGAUGGUGAAGCGUACUGAGCAGUACUACAAGGAAUACGCUCAGAUGGAGGCUGAUCUGAUUGCCCAGAGAAGAGAUGCUCACAACAACGGUCAUCUGUUCUGUGAGGGAGAGGGCCGUCUGGCGAUCGUUGUGCGUAUUCGUGGUAUCAACCAGUGCUCUCCGAAGGUGAAGAAGACCCUGCGUCUGCUUCGUCUGCGCCAGAUCCACAACGCCGUGUUCGUGCGUCUGAACAAGGCUACGAUGGAGAUGCUGCGUCUGGUGGAGCCCUACAUCGCCUACGGUUACCCCAACCUGAAGCUGGUGCGUUCUCUGAUCUAUAAGCGUGGAUAUGCUAAGCUGAACAAGCAGCGCGUUCCUCUGAUGCUGAACGAGCAGAUUGAGCAGGUGCUCGGCAAGUUCGGCAUUGUGUCUGUGGAGGAUCUGAUCCACGAGAUCUACACUGUGGGACCCCACUUCAAGGAGGCGAACAACUUCCUGUGGCCCUUCAAGCUGAACAGCCCCAACGGCGGAUUCUCGAAGAAGCUGCGUCACUUCAACGAGGGAGGUGACUACGGUAACCACGAGGUGCUGAUUGGCAAGCUGGUGAACAGAAUGAUCUAAAGCACUUUUCAGGUUAAGAAUAAUAUG